AUGCUUCCUUCGUCUUCCGCCACCACUAGCUCCCUUAGUCAGCAACUGCAGCAAAAAGGCGCAUUCAGCUAUGGAAGUAACCCUUCGUCAUCCUCAGAAAACAGUGCCAGUGAUACUACCGAUCGUAACAAUGCCAGCAGGACAGCUGCAGACGCUGUUCUGACUUCAAGUUCCGUCGUCACCAGCAACGCACAGCCUACUCAACGACAAAGGUUUGCAGGAUUGCAGUUCUCCUGGGUUCACUUCCUUGCCGGAGGAACCGGUGGUAUGGCAGGAGCACUGGCGACAUCGCCGCUUGAUGUGGUCAAGACCCGACUUCAGUCCUCCUUGUACCAAAGUACGAAGAGUGUUUCUGCGGCGACUGUUCCAAAAACAGGAGUCCAUUCGAUCCUCGGACAUAUCAAGGAUACUUUUCUCCUGCUCGGGCACAUCUACUCCAAAGAGGGACCUCGUGCAUUAUACAAGGGCCUGGGUCCUAACCUGGUCGGCGUCAUUCCAGCAAGGGCCAUCAACUUUGCGACAUAUGGCAAUGGCAAGAAGUUUUAUACCGACAUGAACAACGGCAAGGAAACGACUUAUGUUCAUCUUGCCUCAGCCAUUACCGCGGGCAUUGUCACGGCAACAGCAACCAACCCCAUCUGGCUUGUCAAAACGAGAAUGCAGCUCCAGGUCGAGGGAGUACGCCAGUACAAGAAUAGCGCGGAUUGUGUCUAUAAGAUUCUUAAAUCAGAGGGCAUCCGUGGCAUGUACCGUGGUCUGAGUGCUUCAUAUCUGGGUGUGGCUGAGGGAACGAUUCAGUGGGUGAUUUACGAGCAGCUCAAGAAGAGUCUGGCCGAGAGACGCAAGAUGAACAACACAGGUUCUAAGGGAUAUGUUCUUGGAGGCAAGGAUAUUGAAGAGUGGAUCGACUACCUUGGCGCUGCUGGAGCAGCCAAGUUCAUUGCGUCGGCUAUCACAUACCCUCACGAGGUGCUUCGCACGCGCAUGCGACAGCUCCCCGUUGGAAACGAGGCGCCCAAGUAUAAUGGACUGAAGCAGACAUUCCAGUUGGUGCUCAAGGAGGAGGGUGUCGCUGCGCUCUACGGUGGAUUGACGGCACAUAUGCUGCGUGUUGUUCCUAAUGCCGCGAUCAUGUUCUUCUGCUACGAGGCCAUCAUGCACCGCUUUGGAUAA